UAGUGGCAAUUCUGAAUUUAAACGUCAAAAAAGUAUGGCCGAUUUGGAUGCGGCUGUGAGUAGGAAUUCGAAUCAUUUUAACAUAAUGAAAGAUUCAAAUGGCCCUCGUGUUGUUACUAUUAAUAAAACCGAAACGGGUUUCGGAUUUAACGUGAGGGGCCAAGUUAGUGAAGGUGGACAGUUGCGGAGUAUCAAUGGGGAACUUUACGCCCCUCUUCAACAUGUCAGUGCAGUCUUGGAUAGGGGAGCUGCUGAACAAGCUGGUAUAAGAAAAGGGGAUAGAAUUUUAGAAGUAAAUGGUGUCAAUGUAGAAGGAUCCACACAUAAGCAAGUAGUCGAUCUAAUAAAAUCAGGAGGGGAUGUUUUGACAUUAACAGUGAUUUCUGUGACGCAACAGGAAGCUGAACGUUUAGAACCAACUGAUGAUAACCAAAUUUAUUAUGACUACAGUGAAAAAAGAUCUUUACCUAUAAGUAUUCCAGAUUACCACCAUAAUGAACGAGGUGGAGAACGGUAUGUUUCUUUUAAUAUAUACAUGGCAGGUCGUCACCUUUGUUCUAGAAGAUAUAGGGAGUUUGCAAAGUUACAUAAUGAUCUGAAAAAGGAAUUUCUAGGUUUCACGUUUCCCAAAUUACCUGGAAAAUGGCCAUUUACGAUGAGUGAACAACAAUUGGAUGCUCGACGAAGAGGUUUAGAACAAUAUUUGGAAAGAGUAUGUGCAGUGAGAGUUAUAGCAGAAUCUGAUAUUAUGCAGGAGUUCCUAACUGAUCAAGAUGACGAAAAUAGCUUAAGUCCUGUCGAUUUGAAAGUAUUAUUACCUGAUAGAGAUGUGGUAACAGUUUCGUUAAAAAAGAGCGCCAAUGCGGACGAAGUAUAUGAAGCUGUUAUUAGAAAAAUUGGAAUGAGCAAAAAAGUUUCAUGUUAUUUUUAUUUAUUUGAAAUAGUUGAAUACAAUUUUGAAAGAAAAUUGCAACCUAACGAGUAUCCGCAUAAUUUGUACAUUCAAAAUUACAGUACGGCCACUAGUACUUGUUUGAGUAUUAGAAAAUGGUUAUUUUCCAUUGAAAAAGAAUAUACAUUGAUGAAUGAUAGUCUAGCAAUAUCGUAUUUAUUUUGGCAGGCUGUCGAUGAAGUUAAUAGAGGAGUUAUACAUGCGGGAGAACGUUUAUAUCAAUUAAAAGCUUUACAGGACAAAACUAGAGCUAGUGAAUACUUGAAACUUGCUCGAGAAUUACCCGGUUAUGGAGAGGUUGUCUUUCCUCAUUGCGCUUGCGAUUCCCGAAAAGACGGACACGUGGUACUUUCCAUAGGAACGAUGGGAAUUAAAUUACAUGCUUGCAGAGAAGAUGGAACCCUCGAGACUCAAGUGAUAUUGUUACAAUGGGAUUGUUUGAUACAAUGGGAAAUAGAUGAAGAAGGAAUGGCUUUUUGUCUUAAGUAUAAUAGGCCAGAUAAGACACCUAAAUGGUUGAAAAUAUUUACACCAUAUUAUUUGUAUCUGAUGGAUUGUUUUGAAAGGAUCUUGAAAGAAAGUGAGCUGUUGGACACGGGCGAUUGAUGCCUCCCUUAAAAGAAUUUAUUUUAUUCAAAUCUUAGACUAAAACAUCAUCAAUUAUUUAAUAAGUAAGAAUAUGCGAGAGUCUAUACUACACAUUUAAGGUACUUCCUAGAAAAAAAUAUUUAUUGUGAUUUUUAUUAUGAUAUUCUAUUAUGUAUUUUUUAAAUGUCUUUGAUUAGCUUGUAUAUAAUGCUCUAUUUGUAUAUAAUAUAAUAUAUGAUGUAUUGGUGCAGUUGCAAUAUUUUAGAGAGAAGUUCUCUAUUUCGCAAUAAGGUGUAUUUAUCAGUAAAUAACUAGUAUAUCUUCAAUAUUUUUAUCGUAUAUUGAAUUCGAAUUAUUUAUACAUUCUCGUAUAGAUCGUACUUGAUGUUAAAAAACAAUUUUAUUAUUGUUGAGGAAGUUAUAUUUCUAAAUAUCUGUUAGUUUCUUUUAACAUUUGUUUAUAGAUCAAGAUGAAUUUGUUUUGAUUUUUAUUUACUGUCUAAAUCAUCUGAAAAAUAAAGUACAACUUUGACUGUAAUUCUGAUAUGUUCUUAUCAGUUGGGGUAUAAAAGGUUCAAACUUACAAAAAUAGAUUUGCCACGUUGAUUAGAUUUAAAAAAACUAUUUUCGGUAGCCUACAAAGGCCUUACAUAUUGUGGUAAGAAUUUGUCAAUGCAGGAGGCAGCGCGAGCAUCGGCUCUCCAUAAUGAAGAAUAUUUAAUGCGAAAUGUUUCUGGUUUGUUAGGAAGACAUAAUUCCAGCAUAAUUAGUCGCAUAGUGAGGCGACAUAAUGAAACAGGUUCGUACCAUCGCAGACCAGUAAUCCAAAAAUAGAGUAGGUAAAAGCUUUAAAUACCUUCACAUGACAUUAAUAGAAAAUUAAAAACUAUAACGAGAGUUAAAUGAGAGGACUGGAACAGGAAGGAAAAACCAAAAUAAAUAAAAACAAAAGUCUAUAGGAAGUAAUCAUUGGUAUUUGGAUCAGAAAUAUGAACACUUAUCAGACGAAAAAAUUUAAACUCAACAUAAAUAGAAAACAAAA